UCUUUAUGUCACUUCCAUAAAUCUCAUGAAUCCUUCGAAUUGCCAAAAGCAUUCGUCGAAAUCUAAGAUUAUGAGUGUGGGUUUAAAAUGUUCAAAUUCUAAAACAAGAACUACAUAUAAGUCAUGAAACCUUUCUUUUUCCCUAUUCACUUCCGCGUUUCUCUUUUGAGUAAAAUAUCCCCAAAUUCAAAACAAUUUGGAUUCUCUCAGUUUCCAUCAAAUCUUGAUUAAAUCAUCAUGCAUUCAACUAUUUAACCCGGGCAUAAACGUCGAUGUAUAAUUCAAGUGAAUAAAGUUGAAUCAUUUGAGCUAUAUGUUAAGGCUAGAACAUGUCUUAAAGGCUCGUCCCACAUUCAAGUCACUUUACGAGGUCCUUGUGGGAUUUGAUUGGGAAGCAGCUGCGAGAGAAAUUGAUGCGGUUUGCGAAAUAAGAAGUGACGCGAAAACGAACGGAAGCGAAGCGGAAAAGGUUUGUCAAAAGGGAAAAAAGAAUGGAAAGGGAAAGGGGAAGCAAUCGACUCUUGAUAAUUUUGUUGGAAUUGCAAAUAAGGAAACUGAAACGAAUCACGUUCCGGAAAAUGACUGUGAAGAAUCUAUCUGUAACCAUCACAUUGACACUGAAGCAGCCAAAACUUGGAUAUAUCCAGUUAAUGUUCCUCUCCGUGACUAUCAAUUCCAUAUUGCCCAAACUGCACUCUUUCAAAACACUCUGGUCGCCUUGCCAACAGGACUUGGCAAAACUCUCAUUGCUGCUGUUGUCAUGUAUAACUACUUUAGAUGGUUUCCUGAGGGAAAAAUAGUAUUUGCUGCUCCUUCUCGACCACUUGUCAUGCAGCAGAUAGAAGCAUGCCAUAACAUUGCCGGGAUACCGCAAGAAUGGACAGUCGAUAUGACUGGUCAGUUAAGUCCUCCUAAAAGAGCUCGUUUGUGGAAAACAAAGCGAGUUUUCUUUGUCACUCCACAAGUUUUGGAAAAAGAUAUUCAUUCUGGUAAAUGUUUGGUGAAGUACUUGGUAUGUUUGGUGAUUGAUGAAGCUCACAGAGCAAUGGGAAAUUACUCGUAUUGUGAAGCAGUUCGUGAGUUGAUGGCUGUACCAGUGCAACUAAGGAUAUUGGCAUUAACCGCAACACCAGGAUCAAAGCAGCAGACUGUCCAGGAUGUCAUUGAUAAUUUGCAUAUCUCGAAGCUUGAACAUCGCAGUGAAACUGACCACGAUGUUAUGCCGUAUGUUCACGACAGGAAGAUAGAGUUAAUACAGGUUGCAAUGGGCCAAGAUGCUGUAGAAAUAAACAAUAAGUUUUUGGAAGUGAUACGCCCUAUCGUAACCAAGCUUACUAAUAUUGGAGCAAUUCAGAAUAGAGAUUAUCGUACUUUGAGCCCUUGUGUAUUACUUGAAAUGAGGGAAAAGUUUCGUCAAGGGCAGAUGCAAGAUCCUUCACAUAACAACUACAUAGAUGUUGAAGGGUAUUUUGGAGUUCUCAUUACUCUUUAUUACAUCCACAAACUUCUUUCAAGUCAUGGAAUAAGACCAGCGCAUGAGAUGCUUGAAAGAAAAUUGAAGCAAGGGUUUUUUGCAAAAUAUAUGAGUAAAAAUGAAGAUAUUCUGAAAGCAAGGCAACUAAUGCACCAAAGCUUGUCCCAUGGCGCGUCGAGUCCCAAGUUGUCCAAAAUGCUAGAAGUAUUACUGGAGCAUUUCAAAACCAAUGAUCCACAAAGCUCCAGGGUGAUUAUUUUCUCCAAUUUCAGAGAAAGUGUCAGGGACAUAAUGGUUGCAAUUGGAGGUACCGGGGAUCAAAUUAGAGCUACUGAGUUUAUUGGUCAAAGUUCAGGAAAAACAACGAAAGGUCAGUCCCAGAAAGUUCAACAGGCUGUGCUUAAGAAAUUUCGGUCCGGUGCCUACAAUGUCAUUGUUGCUACAUCCAUUGGUGAAGAAGGUCUUGAUAUCAUGGAAGUUGAUCUUGUCAUAUCUUUUGAUGCUAAUAUUUCACCGCUUAGAAUGAUUCAGCGAAUGGGGAGAACAGGAAGAAAACAUGAUGGCCGAGUUGUAGUUUUGGCUUGUGAAGGGGCAGAGUUGAAAGGCUACUUGAAAAAAAAGGCAAAGGGCAAGACUAUAAGCAAACACAUGCGAAAUGGGGGCAUAAAUAGCUUUGUCUUUCAUCCCAGUCCAAGGAUGAUUCCCCACAUCUUUAAACCUGAAGUUCAAUAUGUUGAACUGUCUAUUGAGAAAUUUAUUCCUCGUCAGAAUAAUGUGAGAGAAAACCAUCUUCAAAUUUCUUCAUCCAAAGACAAACUCACUCUUGCUGAAACUGAUUUACUCGAAAAAUAUUUUCACUCUACUGGAGAAAAUAGAUGUAGAUUGUCUCUUAUCGCCUUCCCUCACUCUCAGACAUUUCCUUCUAGAGUUCAUAAAGUGAAGCAUUCCUGUGGAACAUUGAUGUUUAUAGACAUGAUGCAACGUUUGCAAGGACUGGCUGCAUGUGCAAGAGAUAGCGAAAAUUCUACCCUUCAGGAAGGAAGGUGUUUAGGAAAUAGUAAGCCGCAUGUCAGUACUGAACUCGAUGAUGCUAAAAAUGACAAUAGGGAUACAACGGGAAUAAAUAUAGAUUUUGAAAAUCGUCUGGAGGUGGAUUCUUGUCAUAUGGAAAUUCAAACCAAAGACUUUGUUGAUCUAACUCUACCAGAUAAUACUUUCUGUGACACGGGCGAGUGUCAAGAGGAAAUAGCUGAUGGUGAUGAGACAAUUCCCGAGACUCCAGAUGCCAAGAGGACUUUGUCAAAUGGAGGAGCUAAUGCCACUGAAAUAGCAAAUUCUGUUGAGAAGCAGACUUCUUCACUGGCUGCGGAUGCAUGCGAUAACGGCAUGAGAGAUGAAGAGCUUAGCCCUCGUUUAACUAAUUUGAUUAUAAGUGGUGUGGUUCCCGAGUCUCCCAUUGAGGAAAGAGGGAAGUCAAGAAACAGGUUUGUCAUCCGAGGCUGUAUUUCACCUGUUCAUCUCCAGGCAGAACAAGAUGCUGGCUCUUUGAGUUGUAGGGAAACUGAAAAUGUCAUAAUUGAUAGUGGCAAUGGUAAAAAUGUAUGUACUUCCCCUGUUAAUGAUAGUGACAAUGGUAAAGCUGUAUGUACCUCCCCUGUUUAUGAUAGUGGCAAUGGUAAAAAUGUAUGUACUUCCCCUGUUUAUGAUAGUGACAAUGGUAAAAAUGUACGUACCUCCCCUGUUAAUGAAACCCGAACCCCUUUGCUUGAGCUGAAGAAUUGUGCGAUUAGAAGAGGACGAGUCUUUGUUUCUCAAAUUGAAGAAAGGCAUAUGCAUACUGUUGGUCCAAGCAUCAGUGAAGAAUCACAUCCAAGUUGUGGCGAAAUGUCUGUAAGCAUUAAACCUGCUCGCAAAUUUAAAAGGUUGAGAAAAAUUGAAGAUACUGAAAGUAAUAUGAAUCAGAAAAACAAUAAUAUUUUUGAUUCAACGGCAAACUUUUCAAAACCAGCUCCUGCCACCAAUCCCACACGAUAUAAGCACGGCCAAGGUAUAAAGAAACCAGCUAACGUGAGAGUGAGAGACUUCAUUGAGGAGGAAGCCGAGGUAUCUUCAGAUGCCUCCGUAUCUAAUGAUGAAGAUGCCGAGGAUGAAAAUUCUGUUGACAGUUUCAUAGAUGAUCAAACUAAUCUUACAGCAGCCACUCAGCCUGGAGCUAGUAGAAUGGACAUGAUGGCAAUUUACAGGCGUUCAUUGCUCAGUCAAACACCGAUGAAUGGAGGGCCAAAGUUUUCCACCACCUUCAGUCCUGACAAUGUGACUAUGACAGCCAGUAUUGGUGAAAGCGGUAAUUCAUCAGUCAAGACAGUGAGUCGUUUCCAGACAGAACAUACCAGUCAUUCAGCUAAUCGAACGUCAGAAUCUAUAAGUACUGACUGUAUGACCUCAGAAGCAGGGCCUUCAACUAGUGUUCCAACUGAGACAGAUACAAGAAGCCGUAAAAGAAGAUUGACAUUUCAUAAUUCUGGAUACUUUCCAAGUGUGAAUCUUGAACACGAAUUUGCACUUCAAUCAAAGAAAGAAUCAGUGAAUACCAAUGCAACCAUAGAUGUUCUAUGUGACGAUCAAUUCCUUAAUACUAUUGAUCUUGAUGAGUUGGAGGCGCAAGCAACUUCUAUUCUUAAACGGAAAUCGGAUUCUUCAAAUCAGAAGCAAGAUGUAAAUCCUCAAUCUCAUGAACCGAACCUUGAUGUUAUUAUGACUCCAUCAUUCGACCUUGGUAUAUGAUAAGCACUCGCGCGGUUCGAUACUUGCACAUUUUGAAAAUUAGUUAAUGUUAACUGCCUGUUAGCAGUUCCAGUCUUUAUUUUUAUUGUAUUUAUGAGGGGACUAUAAAAGAUUUUGUAACUAAAAGAGCAAAAGUAAAAUGUAAAGAAUAUUAUUUUUAGUUUGGACAAUACACUCAAAAUCUUACAACUACUUGUGUUUAAUGUUAACAAUAAUGAUUUAUUGUACGUAGUAUGUUUUGAAAAUAUUUCAUAAAAAUUAACGUAGUAUAUAUAUUGUGCAAACCGUGUUCAUCAUUAAACAUUGUUCAUUGUGAACUUGAUUCUGCACACUCUAUCACGACAAUUCUGUUCUCUGCGUUAAUAUUGUUCAUUUCACUAAUAUUACUUUUUUGUUGCAAAAAGUAAAAUAAAAUAAUUUGUUUGAAUUAAAGCUUGCGGACCUCUUUACUACUGUUUGCUGAUCUAUUGCGUUAUACCGAGUAAGACAUAG